CCCUCUACGGAAGUGAAAGGUAGAUCAGGCGGAUAUCGAACGUUUAAAAUUAAAUUCUGUGCAAUAUAAGUCGUUGAACUACGAACUUUUUUUUGUAUUGUUGGAUGUUAUAAUGGAUUAGGGCAAAAAAAUGUCAUUUAGUAGACGAGGAGGAUUUCGAAACAAGGACAGCAAGAACUAUGGUUCUGUCCAAGUUACAGAUGAACGGAGUCCAAGCCCACAGCCUGUGGCUGGCCUUCAAGCAGACGAAAACAAGAUAGCCAAACUGAGAGGACAAGUGAAUGAAGUUAAAGACAUCAUGAAAGAUAACAUUGAGAAGGUUAUAGAAAGAGGAGAGAAAGCUCAAGACCUAAGUGAUAGAACAGAGAAUUUGGCUGUAACGAGUACGAGGUUUAGAGACAGCGCUGUAGAUUUAAGGAAACAUACUCAAAGAAAGAAUUGGAAACUUGUGUGUUGUAUCGUCUGCGUGGUGGUCGUCGUAUUAGCAGUAGCAGCAGU